UACAAGACCGAAUGGUGCCGCAAUUGGCAAGAGCUAGGUGUCUGCAGAUAUGACAAGAAGUGUCGGUACGCUCACAGUCCUUCGGAACUUCGUAAAAUUGAAAGACACCCACGAUAUAAAACUCAAAUUUGCCGCACGUACCAUGACAAGGGAACUUGCCCUUAUGGCGUUCGAUGCACCUUUAUUCAU